AAACGUACUAAGCAGAUCGGAAGGGCCUAAAAACGACCGAAGAUAAUUUUCAACACCCAACACGCGUUUGAGAGAUACUGACUACUGACUUGAAGAAAGUAGUCAUUGUUGAAAUACAGAGAUGUCCAUAAGUUGUCGGCAGAAGCUAAAAACCACCUACAGAGUUAACAGAUUCACAGCAUACAUUAGUACUUGAGUGCAUUAUAGAGACCAAGCUGAAAGCUUAAGUCACCUUGCAUUUGCAUUUCAGAUAUUGGUCCUUUCUUUCGCCCUUUUUUAAGAUCGUCAAAUUAUUUGGAAAAGUUUUGAAUACUGUGGUCCGUUCAAAUAUAAAUUUUCUUCAAAAUGGCGGUAUUUCAGUUUUUGAACAGUUAUACGAUCAUAAAGAAAAAAAUAUGUAGUGCAGUAGCAUUGUAUCGGGUAUAAAAAUGCACACAGCUUUUGCCUUUAAAAAUAGAAUUACAAUAAUAUUCAACUCAAGCAAUAAGCUGUUACAAAGCGACGCGGAAGCCCGCGCUGAUGAACCGCAAACCAAAGCACUCGUAUUGAGUUGCGACAUUGACCUAGUCGAAUUCUGCUCUUAGCUGCUCUUGGUGCAUACAAACGGCAGCCAGCGAGUUAUCAUAAGCUUGCUUAAUUAGUGCACUGCUUUUGGUCUCCCGGCGCAGCGUAAGAUAUGCCGUUGGAAUUAUACUCUUGAAUUAUGUAGGCGAGCGACUAUGUGCUGUGAGACUCACAGGCGGGUUAAACAACGCGAAUAUAACAGAAUAAUUUAAUUUGUAUCAUAAGUGCUGCUGCUGGACAGACAAACGUGAUUGCCUUUUAGCAAAAAAAUUAGCAUACAAAAUUAAACAAAAAAAAAACGAAAUAAUGAAAUGCAAAAUACACAAAUGAAAUGAAGAUGUUGAGAUACUCACGGCAACAGUGGAAGCGCGUCAAAAGCCUUGCGCAAAUCUCGCCAACAAUGGACUAGUUGUGUUUCUAACGCGACGCCGUCAAGUUCACACAAAGCGCGCAGCUCAAAUAGCAAACUCUGCAACGCGCCCGAAUUUCUAUUGUACACGCCCAGCUUUUGGUGCGAAAGAGUAACCGACCAAGUGACAAGAUAAACUCUGUGAACAGAAAGUGCAAAAUUGCAAAUUUCUCGAUUGAGCUGCUCAAAAUUCCGGUGAAUCCAGCCAAAGUGCUGAGGAGUGCUAAAGCAGAAACAGUGAAGUGCAAUUUUUCCAAAUUAUUGUAAAAAAAAAUAUAGAAAUACAUAUACUUGUAUAAAGUAAUCUCGAAAUUCUUCUGAAAAAAUAUAUAAAAGAAUUUGAAUAUUUUGAAUUGUUAAGCGAAGAGUUUAAAAAUUAAAGCAACAUAAAAUGUCCAAAAUGCGAUGGAAAGGUGCAAUCCUCCUGCUCGUGGUGGCCAGCCUGCUGUCCAGUUGCACCGCUCAAAUCGAUUAUUUUUCAUCCAUUUCCGGCUUAGAAAAUUUGCUUCGCACUGAGGAAUAUCUGCUGCAAAGCUUUCGGGAAUACGUGCGCGCCAGCAAGCAUCAGUUGCAGACACUUGAGAGUGAACUGCACCGCAUCGAAAUGGAAUAUGCGCAGGCGGCCCGCAAUACCGAAAAUUAUUUAACCAAUCCAGUGAAUGUUUACCGCUUAAUGAAGCGCCUGACCACCGAUUGGACGAUUUAUGAGGAGCGCGUACAGUCAGAUGAGGCUGCGAAGACUUUCCUGCGGCAAAUGGUUGAGUUUCGCGAAACACUUAGUUUCCCAAGUGGAGAAGAUUUCAAAGCAUCAGCGGCUGCUUUGGCGCGUCUACAGGAGACCUAUCACCUAGAUACGGCGCAGAUAGCGGGCGGUUUCUUAAAUGGUGUCAAAUAUGGAACAAGCAUGACCUGGCAGGAUUGUUUCGUUCUGGGUAAGCAACUGUUUCAUUUGGAGGAGUACAAUCAUACAAAAUUAUGGUUGAAGGAGUCCAUGCAACGACUGAGUCGCGAACCAUAUUACAAAGACCCAUACACACUCGAGUAUGUAGAGGAUGUCGCAAAGAGUUUACUCAAUUUAGGCGAUUUAGAAACUGCCCUCAAACUCUCAGAUGAUGUCUUGAGUCUUGAUCCCACACGCGCGACCGCUUCAUAUGUGAGAAACACUAUACUCAGUCCGGUUGGCGAGCGGAAACCAACGCUAACCACAAGCCCCUCGUACUACCAUCAAACCGAGGAAUUUGAAACGUAUAAGAAAGUGUGUCGCGGCGAAAUAACCGCAUCGCCCACGCAAUUGCGUCCGCUUCGCUGCCGUUACGAAAGCAAUAAUCAUCCUUAUCGCCUUAUCGCCCCCGUCAAAGUGGAGGAGCACAGCCUGGAUCCAUUGGUGUUGACAUUUCACGACUUUAUCGACGACACCAAGAUUGCCACCAUCAAAUACAUGGCCACGCCCUACAUGCAACGCUCCACUGUACGCGAUGUGGUCACUCUGUCCAAAGCUACCGACUUCCGUAUCAGCAAGAACGCUUGGUUGGCAUAUCAGGAGCACACUUACAUGCAGGAUAUGUUGCGUGAUUUGCACGACAUCACUGGCCUCGAUGUAACGCGUUGCGAGAAAUUACAGGUCGCCAACUACGGACUGGGCGGCCACUAUGAGCCGCACUGGGACUUUUAUUUGGACACCGAACGCCUACCCGAGGGGCUAGGUAAUCGCAUUGCCACCGCCAUAUUUUAUCUUUCUGAAGUCGAACAGGGUGGCGCUACCGCCUUCCCGAAUUUGAAUUUCGCCAUUAAACCCAAACAGGGCAAUGUGCUAUUCUGGUACAAUUUACACCGGUCAUUGGAGGGCGAUUAUCGCACAAGGCACGCAGCCUGUCCGGUGUUGAAGGGUUCAAAGUGGAUCGGUAAUGUUUGGAUCAACGCCAUAACGCAGCCAUUCACCCGGCCCUGCUUGUUGCAUCAGGACGAUGCCAUUUCCAAACCAUAUUCCACAAUAGUAUAGAUCUUAAAAGUUUUCAUAUUUAUUUCCUAUUUUUAGUCGCUACGAAUAUAUUUAUGUAUAUAUGUAAAUAUUUUAUAAACCAUACACUUAAUUAAUUAAAAAUUACAUUUUCUAUAAAAGUUCAAGCUUUACUUUUAUCGGUUGUUCUAACCCUAAUAGACCACUAUUAAUAUUUUACCGGUCUCGAUAAUUUUUGAAAGUAAAAAAAUCAUAGUAGGAUCAAACCCAUUGGAAAAGGAAAAUAAAAUAACGGAGAUGAAAGGAAAAAUAAUUUACGGGCGAUCUGAGGUCGAGAAGAGAAAGGGGAGGGAUCAGAGAGUAGAGAUAAGGUAGGAUAGGUAAGAGAGCACAAUUAGCGCCAGAAGCGCCAUUUGGAUACACUAUCGUAAGACCAUAUAUCUUGAUAUCACGUU